GGUGGGCGCAAGAUGCCCAUGGGAGCCGGAAGCGGCAGCAGGCAUGGCGGUGGCCAUGCCGCUCGCUGCGCUCUUGCUGUUUCUCGUGGCUCCCUGGUGCUGGGGCCGUGCCGAGCGCCCGCGGGACAGCCUGCGAGAGGAACUGGUUAUCACUCCGCUGCCUUCCGGCGACGUGGCCGCCACGUUCCAGUUCCGCACGCGCUGGGAUUCGGAGUUGCAGCGGGAAGGUGAGGUGUCUCAUUACAGGCUCUUCCCCAAAGCCCUGGGGCAGUUGAUCUCCAAGUACUCUCUGCAGGAGCUGCACCUGUCAUUCACUCAAGGCUUUUGGAGGACCCGGUACUGGGGGCCACCUUUCCUGCAGGCUCCAUCAGGUGCAGAGCUCUGGGUCUGGUUCCAAGACACCGUCACUGAGUGAGUUCCACCUUGGGACUUAUAAUAA